GCGCCCGUAGCAUUAGCCUUCUCGCGGAUUUCCUUGUGCGCGUAGUGUACACCUAAAAGUUUAGUAUGAGUGUUUAGUAAAACUAUGAUAGAACAUUUAGCAACAUUCACACUAGCACCUAGGUAUAUCCCUGGGACAGAUUUCUUUUACAUGAAAGGAUUAUGGGCAUUAUAGUAAAAGAGUUGGUUGGUCAACAUGUCGAUAACACCGCCUAUUGUUUGGGUCGAUGUGUUUGGGCAAGCAAACGCGUCUCUGAUGCUUUAUACGUUUCAAAGUUACCACAUCUAAAUCCAAUCUUGGUAGAAGCCCAAUGUGAUAUGGAUGCUGAUUCUAUAGCAAGAUUAUUCUCGUAUUCCUUGCAAUUGAAACAAGAAUACAGUCAAUUACCAAAAGUACUUGUAAUAUCCAUCAAAAGUAUUACAACUGGAGUUAAAUCAAAGUUCAAAAAUUUGGAAAAUAAUUGCAUGUAUACAAUGGAUUGUGAUUUUUGGGCAGAAAGCUGUCAAAUUCUUUCAGCCAAAUCAAUUCAAGCUCAUUUAAAGGGCAAUCCUUUGAACAAGUUGGUUGCUUUAGGCCACUUUCUUAUUUAGCAAAAAAGAAACGGCUAUGUUGCCGAAACUAAGACUAAGGAUGUGGUUAUAGGCUUUCUAGCUGCGCUUUAUUUUCAGUAAUAUAAUAAUAAAAAAAAACUCUUCUUAUUGUUCUCUUUACAUCUUUCUAUGCGUGCAUUCACUGUGGUUUGGAGAACUGGUGGCAGAGAUGGGCUUCAAAAGAGUCAUUUGUACCAUGGGAGAGGGGCCACCAUAUCCUUAGUCUUCGUU